AGACUUCAGUGUACACACAUUUAUUUUUAGAAAGUUUUUUGAUACUGAUUUCCUAUUAUCUCCUACUGUCACUAAAGGAACGGUAAUAUUAUAACUUACAGCGUAGCUGCAGGAAUGGCAGAACAUUGCUAGACAGGAAUUUUUAAAAUAUUUCUAUAAUCUGAAAUAAGAAGACAGAAUAUUCCCACGUGAGAAGGCAAAGUCACUUAUAUACAUGGAUCACCAGAACACAGUUAUCACAGAGCAACCGAAUACAGUUACGACAACUAAACAGGAGGGUCGUGACUGGACAAACGGUUUAUUCCAAUGCACAGACAACUGUUCACUAUGUUGGUUAGUGGCAUGUUGUUUUCCAUGUUAUUUAUGUUACAUGUACAAACUGUCAAACGAAUCGUGUUGGUUACCAGUUUUUGGGUCAGGUCCGAUGUAUCUACGUAUAAAACAUCGUUUCAGACAUAGUAUUAAAGGCACAUUGCUGAAUGACUGGUGUGUUUCAACAUUUUGUUCCUGUUGUACAACGUGUCAACUGAAGAAAGAUAUGGACUACAUAAAAUCACUUGGUGAAGAAAUUUGAUGUGGUCGAUUUUUUUUAUUGUAUCAUAAGUCAAAUAAACUAUUAGACAUUAUAAA